AUGACGGACGGAUGUGUAGACCUGCAGAUGACUGGAACUAACUCUCGCGCAACAGGCUUUGACCCUGACUGUGGUCACCGCACGACGACCUCUAUUCCUCGAUCUCACCUCUCAAUCUUGUCAAUAUUUGCUGAAACGAUGUCUUCGUCGGCGAGCCGAGCUGCUGUCAGCACUCCCGUCAAGUCGACGCCGCAAAAGCCCACCCCUAUCGUCGACAGUCCUGGCACAUGGAGACAUCCACGCCUGAAUGAGAUCACGAGACGGCGGAACGCAACGACAUUUUCCGAAAAGAACGUUAGAAGAAUAGCUCUGAACGUCGGCUUCCUUCUCAGUCUCUGGCUGUCCCAGAUCUUUUCGCGUUCAUACGUUCCCGCACAAUGGUUUAGUAGCUCCUUGCGCUCAUAUCUGGGUUGGGCAUACUAUCUGGUCCAGCUCAUUCCGCUAGUGAACAUUGGCAUGGCUAUGCUGCCUCUACUUCGAUCGGCCGACGAUCUUUCCGACAUUCCCUUGACGCCCGCUCAGCGCCAACUUCUCGGACUGCCGCCUAGUUCUGCAGCAGCUACACCCGAUGCUGUUUACAGUACCCCGCCACGUUACUCGCGGACGCCUUCUCUGGCAGGUUCGCCCGCGAGCAACCGGAGCUUCUCUGGUUCCCCGCUUUCCGGCAGAGGCAGCCCAGCUCUUGGAAGCUCUUUCAAUGGAAACGGACAAUCUUACUCUCCUUCGCCUCUUCACAACAGCCCCUCCAAGUUCUCGGCCAGCUUGAACAGCAACCGGAGAUCGUCCUUUGGGUCUUCUACGAACCUGGCAGCAAGUACUGCAUCUUCCCUCUUCCCUGAUCCGGGAACGCCGAGCCCCUCUACCGGAAAGCGCACCAGCGUAGGACUGAACAACAAGUGGCUCUACGAGAGAGGGAGGAGGUCGUCAGGUGUCAGUGGGAUGGAUACCUUGCGAAAGGCGUUUAGGUGUAAUGUUUCUCAUGGGGUGGAGACAAAGGCUGACUAG